AGGGCCCAAAUUCUGAUGGUAGUUGAAAACAUCAACGAAAGGGGAAAACAAGUGGAUUCAAAUCGAACCGUAAGUUCUUCUAUCUCUCACAGUACACUGGAAUUAUUGUCAGAACUCAGAAGGAUGACUACUCUCGCUAAUUCUUUCGUUUCACUCCCAACCCACCGGAAUCAGUUCUUAUCUGGUCUAUUGAUGCAAGUUGAUCAAGGCUCCAGUAACCUGUUUAUUGGCCACAGUGGAGCAACUAAACUAACAAAACACAGGAAAUCACUUACUGUGAGAGCUGGAGCAAAUGAUGAUAGACUAGGUGGAGCCAGCUUAUUUGUUGGUGGUUUUGUAUUAGGAGGAAUUGUUGUUGGAGCAUUAGGAGCUAUAUAUGCACCUCAGAUAAGCAAGGCACUUGCAGGGGCAGACAGAAAAGAUCUAAUGAGGAAGCUGCCAAAAUUCAUAUACGAUGAAGAGAAAGCUUUGGAGAAAACACGCAAAAUAUUAACAGAUAAGAUUGCUCAGCUGAAUUCUGCAAUAGACGAUGUGUCUGCUCAGUUGCGUGCUGAUGACCCGCCAAACGGGUCAUCAGUCACCACUGAUGGAGUUGAAGCUUCUUCCUACUGAUGAUGAUUUUCAAGUAUGUUGACUAUAUUGUCACAAAUCUAUCAUACUUGUGUUCAUUGAUUGUGAAUUUUUUUUUUUUUUUUUGUGAUAGUGGUGCAUCUUUUGGUUGAAAAUGUUACAUCCGGUGUUAAUAAUUUGAAAAUAUUAAAUCUGAUUGUGAUCCGAAGCUAAAUUGAUUUUUAUUUGAAAAUAUGAAGAUUGUUGUGUUA